AUGGACACUACGUUCCAGGUCCCUCCACCAGAUCGGGACAAAAAGCAUAUGUUCCUAAACAAGCUUCACGGACCAAUGUCGAGACCUCAUUUGCGUUUGACGUCUAUCUUUAUUCAGCGAUCAACAUUCUUUGCGCUCUUCGGCAAAGACCUCGGCAUUUCCGUGGCCGGUGUUGAAUCAACGGAAGACACGCACAUGUUUGACCAUAGCAGUAGCCACGAGCAACGUUUGCCAAUGUUUUCUCAAGCACAAAUGCCCCAGCAAGCACUGAACGUCGCAGAGCGGCGAACAAGCGCCCGCAGAAGCAUGGAAGAGCAAGAAGCGAGGCUGGCGCAGCUGGCGGCAACAGAACGACAGCUUUCUCGACACGUUGAGCAGCUGAAAAGUGACACGGCGCUCCAAGAGAGGAGAAUUCAAACACUCAAGAGUGAAGAGCAGGAGGCGCUACAAAGGCUCAACGGUCUACAACAAACAGAAACCGAGCAGACAAUUCGUCUGGAGGCUCUCAAGGCGGAUGAGCAAAACCGACAAAGCGAAAUAGUCGUGCUGGAACAAAGGCGUGACAACCUUGGCGACCAAAUCCGACUCGAUCUCCUGGGUCCCGGCGAGAAAGAGAGACCAGCCACUGUUGAGCGAGAUGGCGCAUUCCCUGAUCAUCACGCCUCUUCGCGACCGGAGCAGGUAUCGCGGGUUGAAGACUUGGCGGCCAAAGUAGAAAGGCUGCGGGCUGUGGUGAAGCAGCUGACCCUGCAAAUGGCCCAUCUCGACGAGGAGAAGGCGAGCAAAGUGGCAUCCAUGGCAGCAGUGGAAGAGAAUCACAGGUCCGCGAUCAAUCAACUCGUUGCCGAAGAGGUGGCGUUACGAAACCAGAUCGACCAGCUGAAGACAUACUUAGCGCGACUUGAAGCCAGACUCGGUGAAAGCGCAGGACGGACGACGGAGUUGGAGGAAAAGCGGGGUGCAUCAGUGGAAAGGAGGGCCACCUUCCCCACCAGCAGCGUUGGGUUACUACCUACCCGGGACUGCUACCAACGAAGGUUUGGUGACAACAGAAGUACAUGGAGGCACAGCUGGGCGGCAAAUGAAAGGUGUCGAUUUGGAACACGUGGUGAGAGAAGUACCCAACUAGGGCAGAAUGCGUCCUACCUGUCAGCUCCACACGAUGAUCUUUAUCCCGUGGUAGAAAUGCACGAGGCGAUGGAAUACAGCUCUCAGAUUUCCUCUCAGGGAGCAGAAAAAGUGUGUAUAGAGUUCAAGCUUUUAAUAGAUGGAGAGUGGAAGACCCAGACGAGCGUAGUGGUAGAUCCCGCUGAGCCGUCAGCGGUGCAACGGCAGGCAGCCAAGUAUAUGCGGAAUGGGAUGGGUAUUUUUGAUAGCGAGAAUCAAAUGCUUCGUCCGCAGAACUGCUUUGGGCGAGUAACAGGCGACGGAACACGGACUAUCUAUCUACUACCGGAGUGGAGUGCUAUUGAACAGAGAGAAGCGGCAUGGCGACCGCGAAAACGCAACCGAACUCAUUGA